AUGAGUGUGCAGACCAGCAGCGAGGCCACAUGGUGUCGGUUCUUCCCCACCACAUUGAAGGGCCUCGCCCUGAACUGGUUCCAAGAGCUACCGGCUAAAAUCAUCACCAAUUUCGCGGUUCUUGAAGAUAUGUUUACCCAUCAGUUCGUAGCAGGCAAAAGACAAAGGAAAACGAGCCUUCAUCUCAUGGGGGUCAAUCAAGAGAAGAACGAGAGUCUCGCCGACUACUUCAAAAGAUUCAAUGAGGAAUCUCUGAAAGUAUCCGACCUACAGGAUGCAAUAGCUUUUGUCGCCCUAAUGUUUGGGCUUCAACGUGGUCGGCUCAAAUGGUCCCUGGCCGAGAAUGAAGUCAAAACUUUCUCCGAAGCCAGGACCAAGGCCCAAAGGUUCAUCCAGGCGACAGACAUAUGCCGCCAUUCAGAUGGCAGAGGCAAAAAGAGGAAAGAUGAAGGAAACCUUAGGGAUCAACCCAAGUAA